CCGCCCGUACUCAGUCUGUAUUCCCUUUUUGUAACGGCUGGCUGCUGCAAACUCAGUGAAUGCAAACCUGAGCCUCGCUAAAUUUCACACAAGUGCUGAAAUGAGCCUGAACUCAACAACCACAAGUCGAAAAGAAGACUUUUCUCUGUACCAGCAGGAUUGCCCUGUUUGUCCACCUUGCUUUAAUUGUCACCUACCGCAAGAUCAAUGCGUCAACGGAGGCUCUUGCGAGGAUUCGGGAUUAUGUAGCUGUCCAGCUGGCUGGGGUAGCCAAGAUUGCUCUGAGCCUCUAUGUGGCUCCUUAGGAGCACCAGAAAGACAACCGCGGCAGGGAGAUAGAUGCGAUUGUGAUCCAGGUUGGGGAGGCGUCAAUUGCAACGUAUGUCUUGCGAAUAACUCUUGUACGGGGAUAAAAGGCGACAAUGCAACCUGUAUAACCACUGGAAUUGGUCUCAAGAAUAUGAAUGCCUGGUGUGACACCACAAAUAUCCCUUGGAUCGACAAUACACAUGUGUCUCUGCAGUGUGAAUGGGAGAAGAACGAAUGUGUUUUUCAAUUCUGGAAGGAUGCGGAGGAACAGUUUUACUGUCAUUUAACGGAAUGCGAGCAAGAAACAGCAACUGGAGAACUGGAUGUCCAUGGCUCUUGCUCAAAGGCUUCAUGUGGCUGUUUAAAAAAUGCCUGGAUGUGUGGAGGCGAAAUCGAUAUGUCUGAACUUGUAAAAAAUGUCAAGGGUCCAUCAGAGUGGUACUGCAAGAAUGGUCAAGAUUGUUGGUAUAACGAAUACUCGACUCUGAAAGAUGUCUUCCCCGAUAACAUUGGACUGAGUUGCCAAGUUGGCGAAUGUGCUAAUGAGCAAGAUUAUUUGGAUGUUCAACCGAUCAAAAAACACUUUUCUCGGCUGACUGAGCUAUAUAUCGUACUCGUAAUGAUAUUUUUCGUUGGUCUAAUCUGGAUAUUGACAAGAAUGACCAUGCGAAGGCAGCAAAAGAUAUUUGGUGAUGGAUCCAUCCGCCUUAAUGACGACGACGACACCACCUAUUUUGAAGAUGAAGUAAAGCUUUCCCAGAUCACGUUCGACGAUGUGUCUUACAACGUCAAUGGAAAGAGAAUUUUAAGUUCGGUUACUGGAUAUUUGGAGCCUGGCAACCUACUUGCUAUAAUGGGCCCUUCUGGAGCUGGCAAAUCUAGUCUACUGGAUAUUCUGGCGAGAAAACCCAAGCGAGGUGUUAUCAGUGGACGAAUUUUGAUCAACGGAGAAGUUCCCACCCGCAAGCAAUUCAAGCGCAUUUCUAGCUAUGUCGAUCAAGAGGACACUCUCAUCGGAACGCUGACAGUUCGGGAAACCUUGAUGUACUCGGCAUUACUUCGCCUUCCACGUAACGUUCCUCUUGCCAUAAAGCAAAAGCGUGUUGAAGAUACUAUCAACGAACUUGGCCUUACGCACGUCGCAGAUUCAUACAUCGGUGUACCUGGACAACGCUCGCUCUCCGGUGGCGAGAAGAGAAGAGUCAGUAUUGGCAAAGAACUGGUCACUAGUCCAAGUAUACUGUUCUUGGACGAGCCAACAUCGGGACUGGAUGCUUACAACGCCAGCGUCGUCAUGGAAUGUUUACUUCGCUUAGCGAGAAAUUCUAAGCGAACCAUCAUCACCACGAUUCACCAGCCACGUUCAAAUAUUUUUAAAAUGUUUGAUGCAUUAUUACUUCUGGCGAACGGAAAUACUGUUUACUUUGGUCCAGCCAAAACUGCUUCGCAAUAUUUCGUCAGCAUCGGAUAUCCUAUACCUCCGGAUUACAAUAUUGCUGAUUAUCUAAUUGAUCUCACCAUGAAUAAGCCAGCACCAAACAGUGCACCGCCACCACAACAGCAAAGUCGCUUCUCAAGAAGCAUACCCUUCCUAAAGCGACGUGCUGCAAGUUCAGCCUCCAUCGCCAGCACGCGUUCUCUAGCGGAUUUACAACCCAUUCAUGCAGAAGAUACCACCAGCGACGAUACUGAUGGCAUCAUCUCUGACACUGUACAAAGAAUGACUCAAGGCAGCUCCUCCUUUGCAGGCGAUUUGGACCUUCUUUCUGACUCCAAUCAUUUGUACACUUUACUUGAGUCUUAUAAGAACUCUAGACUAGCCGGGUCGAUUCGGACGCACAUUGAGAGCGAAAACGCUUCCGCUGAUACCGAUAACACCAGAUUGCAACCUUAUUCUUUGCUCAUGACCUACUAUGCCGAAAACGCGCCAUCAAUAUCUUUACGCCGCUAUUUCCAUGAACUGUCUCUCCUGUCAUCAAGAACGUUCUUGAACCUCUACCGUAAUCCUUUCCUAUUUCUCGCCCACAUCACCAUCGCCAUCAUUUUGGGUAUCCUUCUUGGUUCCCUGUUUUGGCAGGUAGAUGUUGAUCUCUCGGGUGUCCAAAAUCGGUUGGGUGUGCUGUUCUUCAUGUGUGCACUUUUGGGCUUCGCAAGUACCUCAGCUUUGGAUAUGUUUAGUAAGGAGCGAGUGCUGUUUAUGCGAGAGCGAGAAAAUGGCUAUUACAGCCCGGCAAGCUAUUUCUCAGCCAAGGUUCUCUUUGACAUUAUACCCUUGCGAAUCCUACCACCUCUGGCCAUGGGAUCUGUCAGUUACUACAUGAUAGGGUUGAACUCGAACGUGUAUGUGUUUCUCAAGUUUUUGAUGGUCCUGGUGCUGUUCAACUUGGUGGCUGCAGCGGUUUGUUUGUGUUUUGCAACGGGUUUCAAAAAUGUCGCUACGGCCAACUUGUUGGCAAAUCUUACCAUUUUGUUCUCCAUGCUGUUUGGUGGAUUUUUACUCAACAAAGACCACAUUCCUCCUGUGCUUAGUUGGUUACAGCACCUUAGUUUUUUCAAUUACGGAUACGAAGCAUUGAUCGUAAACGAGCUGAAGGAUAUAACCUUGGUAGACAAGUCCAUCGCAGACAUCCAAAUACCUGGCCCUAUCAUUUUGAGUCGGUUUGGUUUUGAUGGUCAGGCAUUCUGGAAAGAUGUCGUCUACCUCUCUAUUUAUUUGGUGGUGACUAUGACAACUGCCUUUGCCUUUCUUAAAUUUUUGGUUAAGGAACGACGAUAAUUGCAACUGUAAUGAUUAUAUAGUAACAACAAUGACAUAUUCUGCCAUAAUCUUCUGCAAUCAUGCGUUAUAUCUCAUUGGGUUGCUUACUAUUGACUUUUGCGUAUAGCUUUGCUGCCAAAAACCUUUUUUCUCUUUCUUUGUCAGAGAUGUGAAUGUAUUUAUUUUGUUAUAUGCGCUUUGAACUGAAAUGCGAACCACAAUUAACUGUUUGCGAGAGAAAGUAUAUUUGAGAGCAUGCUACCGUCCGAAACUUGAUUGUUGACCCUGUCCCUUAACUGUCGUAAAAAACUUUAAAUGUUCAU